AUGCUGCGGCUGGUCUCGCUGAAGUUGGGGCGGCUGUACCGCUACGUGAAGCUGGCGGUGCUGGGCAGCCUGGCGGCGGCGCUGGUGCUGAACACGCACUCGCUGCUGGCCUCGCUGCAGCGCAACGAGCUGUCGGAGCGGCGCUUCCUGCAGCUCAAUAAGUGCCCGGCCUGCUGGGGCACCAGCUGGUGCCGCAAGUUCCUCAACGGGCAGCUGCGGCUGGAGAGCUGGGGCCGCCUGCGCCUCUUCGACUUCUUCAACGUCAAGAACGUCUACUUCGCGCGCUACGGGGAGCCCCGCGAGGGCAGCCGCCGCGUCGUCCUCAAGCGCCUGGGCUCCGCGCAGGAGCUCGCCGACAUCGACACCAAGAUCUGCCGCCGCGCCACCGGCAGGGGCCGCUGCGACCUCCUCCAGGCCCUGCACGCCACCGAGUUCGCCAGCCUCAACGGCGACGUGCGGCUCCUCACCCCCGACGCCGUGGAGGGCUGGUCGGACCUGGUGCACUGCCCCUCGCAGCGCCUGCUCGACCGCCUGGUCCGCCGCUACGCCGAGACCAAGGACUCGGGCAGCUUCCUGCUGCGCAACCUGAAGGACUCGGAGCGCAUGCAGCUCCUCAUCACCCUCGCCUUCAACCCCGAGCCGCUGGUGCUGCAGAGUUUUCCAUCUGAUGAGGGUUGGCCAUUCGCAAAGUACUUAGGAGCAUGCGGAAGAAUGGUGGCUGUCAAUUACGUUGGUGAAGAGCUGUGGAGUUACUUUAAUGCACCAUGGGAGAAACGAGUGGAUCUGGCCUGGCAAUUAAUGGAAAUAGCUGAGCAGCUGACGAAUAAUGACUUUGAAUUUGCACUCUACCUCCUCGAUGUCAGCUUUGACAACUUUGCAGUUGGACCGAGAGAUGGGAAAGUUAUCAUUGUAGAUGCAGAAAAUGUUCUGGUAGCAGACAAAAGGUUAAUCAGACAGAAUAAACCUGAAAACUGGGAUGUCUGGUAUGAAAGCAAAUUUGAUGACUGUGAUAAAGAAGCUUGUCUGUCCUUCUCGAAAGAGAUUCUUUGUGCACGUGUCACUGUGGACCACAAUUAUUAUGCUAUUUGUCAGAACCUUUUAUCAAGACAUGCCACAUGGCGUGGCACUUCUGGAGGACUACUUCAUGACCCCCCAGCUGAAAUUGCCAAAGAUGGCCGACUUGAGGCCUUGCUGGAUGAGUGUGCCAACCCAAAGAAGCGAUAUGGUAGAUUCCAAGCUGCAAAAGAACUGCGUGAAUACCUUGCACAAUUGAGUAACAAUGUGAGGUAGUCCACAGUGAAGAUUUUUUUGCAACACUGGUGAAAACACUAUUGCAAAGACACAUAGAAAAUAAAGUUUUGAACUUAUGUAUUAAAAAGUGAAAAUUAAAAAGAAAGAAACUAGUUUAUCAGUUUUCUAAAUACCAUAAAAAUAUAAUUUUAUGGUGUUAUAAUGUUCCUUUGCAAACAGAGAAGGUACUUACUGAAUUAAAACUUGAGCUACUAUUGACUGUCCUCCCUAGCUAUUUAAAAGGGAGUUAAGUCAAAAAAGACUGUGAUAGCUUAAUUGACAGCUUGGGUGUCAAAGGGUACUUUACAUAAAACUGCAUUAGUGUCACAAUUUUGUGAAGCUGAUGUUCUUACUUGGAAAGUCAAGUUAGACUGAUGGCCUGUUUUAAAGGCUUUUUUCCUGACAUCAUUGUCUCAUUUUUGUGUUUGUUUAAACACCUUGAAGUGGCAUUUACAUCCAGGUAAAUCUAGCUGUCUGCAUUGUUUCAAAUUUAACAGGCUUUCAUGUUAAUGCUGUGCAGUACAUUCCUACUGUGAGUGCAGGAUUCCCAUGUUUACUGUCUAAUUUUAGGGUUUUUUACACUGUAUUUCACUAUGCUUAGACAUUGUGUAUUUUUUUUUUAAGAUCAUCAUAAACUCAAAUGUCAUUUGAACUAACAAUCUUUUGAUGUCUUUUGUAGUUCUGCCAUUGGAAAUAUCACUUAAUGUAAUUAUUGUACAAAACUUUUACCCUUUAUGCCAGUAUAUACACAUGACUUUAGCAGGAAAUCAUGGUAUGAGCAAACUCUUAUUUUUAACAGAGGUAAUUUGAGAAUUGGAGAGAGACUACAAUAAAAAGAUCUGUAUUAACUUAAAUUGGGGAUAGAAGCUUGACUAAAAAUAAAAAUUCACUACUCCCAUGUAAUUAAGCAUAAACCAAAGAAUAUGGUUUUGUUUAUUAGUUUCU